AAGCUAGUCACAUGAAACGGAAUAGAACAAACCCUGCCCUCAUAUAGUGUACCCACUCUCUCUUUCAUUCUCUGUCACACUGAAUGAAAAUGGAUCAACAACCUAAAGGGAAACAAAUUCGAAUUGUCCUUGUUGGGAAAACAGGGUGUGGGAAGAGUGCUACAGGGAAUACUAUACUUGGAAAGAAGGUUUUUCACGAAGAUGUAAGCUCUAAGUCAGUGACUAGGCACUGUCAGAAGGCUUCAGGAAUUAUUGAUGAUAAAGAAAUCACAGUGGUGGACACUCCAGGAUGGUGUGAUACAGAAUUAUCUGAAAAAGACUUGACAGAAGAAACAGCGAAAUGCAUUGACGAGUCCUAUCCUGGACCUCAUGUCUUUCUCUUUGUUCUGAGUAUUGGUUGUCGUUUUACAAAAGAAGAGAAAGAAACAGUCCAGAAAUUACAGGAGAUCUUUGGUGAAGAUGCCAACAAAUACACAAUGAUUCUGUUCACAAGAGGAGACGAUCUGGAGAACAAAAGUAUUGAUGACUAUGUAAAAGAUGCCACAGCAGAUCUCAAAGCUUUAGUUGAUCAGUGUGAAGGCAGAUAUCAUGUUUUCAACAAUAGAGAUAAAAGCCGUCGCCAGGUGUCAAAACUUCUUGAGAAGAUACAAGAUAUGGUGGAAAACAACAAUGGUCUGUGCUUUUCCAGCACAACAUACAAACUAUUGCAGAAAUACAAAGAAAGAGAAGCCAAAUUACAAGAGCAAAUUCAAGCUGCUGAAACAGAGAAGCAAGCCAAAGAAGCCGAGCACAAAAAAAUGAUGGAGGAGCGCCUGAAGCAGAGAGAGUCAGAACUACUGGAACAAAUGAAAUUUAGACAAUUGGUGGACCGCUUUACCAUGAUGUCUAUGAUGAAUCGAGACGAAAUGUUAAAAGCAGAAUUAUUUCAAAUGUCAAGGCAGUUGCAGAAGGAAAAGGCUGAAAAGGAAGCAUGGUUAAGACAAUAUCUCCAAGAAAGGGGAAGAUGCAAUAUUUCAUAAAAAGCCCUAUGUCAGAUUUACAUAAUUUGCUUCAAUAGGUAAAAAUUCCAGCCAAUCAACAUAAAUACAAAGCUCAUGCUUGAAAAAUAUCUAUGCAGUUUAUAAAUAUCUAUAAACUUUGUAUCUUUAUUUCUGCUUUAAUUGAUCAGCUACAUUGUGUAAUUUACAUUAAAGAUCUGUUAAAGUAUUUCUGUUAAAGUAUUUAGUCUAAGAUAUUUAUAACAUACUUAAUUAUCGGGUGUCUAGAUGGCAAAUGGUAACAUUUUAGACUUUUUGCUGUGUCUAUUUCAGUAUUAAUGUAUUUCUUCAUUUGCAUUAAGUAUAGAGAGGCUGCAAUGAGUCGUUUUGUUUUACUGUAAGGACAGACAAAAGAAGAUUAAAAUGACUGUGGAUGACAUUUGAUCAUGGUACAAAAGUAAUAUUUUGGUGGUUCAGAAUAAACAUCUCUAUUCAAUUUCAUUUCAAAUAUACAUAGUGCUUUUUUAAAAUGUGCAUUGUUUUGUAGCAGCUUUGCAAAA